UUACUGAAUACAACCCGUAAACACUUCGGGAACGGAGGUCGACAUCGUAUCAAGCACACUUUACCGAGCAUUGUGUUCGCAGUCUAUCAGCUGGCGAUUCGAUUCGCGGCUGAAAAUAAAGACGAUGUAAGGGAGGAUGUGCUAUUGUUCAUUGGUUCUGGAUUUGUUCUGUUUUGA